AUGUCAGAGCCAAGCACAGACAUUCAUGGGCUCUCAAUAAUAUCCUGCGUUGAAUGCAGAAGUAGAAAGGUCAGAUGUAGCCGUCACUUACCUCAAUGUAAUGCCUGCACAAAAAGGCACCGGAGUUGUAUAUACCCCUCAACACAAAGGAAAACAAGCACGAAACUUGUAAGAAAGCACAAAGGAGAAAACACUAGGUUUUACGGAUUUAGCUCAGUGAAUAAGGCACUUUUUGAAGUCGGAAUGCCGUUUUGCAAUGUAGAUUAUGAGUUGGAAACAAAGCAUACGCCCGAAAAAUUGAAAAGAAUUAUUGAGUCACCCAUGUAUAAAAAGUAUCUGGAUGAUCCAAAGAACAUAUUAUUGGCAAUUGAAACCAUGAAAUCUAGUAUUUCGUAUUCUUUAUUUGGGGAGCUCGUGGAUUUAGAUGAAUUAAAAAUGACGCUGGCCUCUCAUCACAUUGUAGACUUACAAACACUGAGUCUUUGUUACGCUAUAGUUAUCAUUUCUGAGAGAUUCCUAAAUUUGAUUCCCGAUAUUGAUGAGAUUUUGCAAGAAUUAAAUGAGUUAAUUGAUGAAACACCCGAUUGCCCUCAAAAGGUUUCUUCUUUAAUUCUCUUAGCAGAUUAUUAUCAUUUCAAUUUUAAAAUAGAGUCGGCAUGGAGAUGCACAUUUAUGGCUACUUCUAUUGCCUAUGCUUUAGGACUUCAUGUGAAAUCGUCGAAGGUGUGGUCGAUGUUAGUUCUGCACGAUGCUCUUCUCUGUGCCGUGUUAAGCCGACCAUCUUCAAUAAAGCACGUUGACCCAAAACUUUUGUGUCGUGUUUCAAAUAAUUGGGGUGAAAUAGCACUUUUGUUACGAGAAUGCAAUGAGGUUUCCUUGACCCUUCAAUCGAGCAGAUCCAUUGAGAGGGUUAUCUCAUUGGAUAUAAGAUGUGAUGAACUAAUACAAUCUACUAGGAAAAGUGUGAGAAAGGCUAUAUUAGGAGAGGAUGUGAAUGAAGCAUUUCUUGGAAAUCUGAAACUAUGCAUUUUAACUGCUAAUAGAAUCAAACUUCUCUUUCCUAUUUAUCACAAGUAUAAGGCAUUGAAAGCACAACUAGAUGAGAAUUGCAGUGAGCUGGCAAAUGCAUUAAAAGGUACACUUGAGCUGCUAAGUUGGAGUGGUUCUGCUACGAAGGAAAAUCCUUAUUCUUUGAGAUCACAUUGUUUUUUUGCAUAUUGCAGUGUGUUCCAAGGGUUUCUAUUUCAUUUUCUUUUUGCCUCAACAGAUGUUGCCGACGACUCUUCUAAAACUGGAAAAGGUUAUUUGAACUCCGAUGCAGACAUUAAAGAUCGUCCCGAUAUACCACAAUCUCUGUUAAGUGUAUCAAACCUGUUACUCAAGUAUGACUCGUUGGCGGGGAGUAUAAAUUUCUGUGUCUAUAUGUGUGAUGUGUUUGAUUCCUUCCGAGCCUUACUAAAUCAAAGACGAAAGCAGAAACAACAGAGUCGUGGACAUAAGUUAGCCGCCGAUGGAUCCUCAGAGUGCUCAGAAAAUACCACUCCUAUAUCAUCCAAUAGCAGGGAAAAUGAAAAAGUUGCAGCCAUACUGCCCAUAAUGUCCGAAGAAUUGCCCGAUUGGCUAACAACAUGCUUUUCUGAAGGGCUAUUCGAGUAA